AUGUGGUGGCAUCAGCAUAACCUAUGUUUCAGGCAUCCCAUAGAAGAGGAUUAUUCAGGGGAGCUGGAACAAAAGGUAGCAACAAUUGCAGAGACAGAUGAGUCUGCAGAAUCAGAAGGUGUAAUUGAUUCUCAUAAACGUAGAGAAAUCCUUUCACGAAGACCCUCCUAUCGAAAAAUACUGAAUGAACUUUCUUCUGAUGUGCCUGGUGUUCCCAAGAUUGAAGAAAAAUCAGAGGAAGAAGGAACGCCACCUAAUAUUGCUACCAUGGCAGUACCGACUAGCAUAUAUCAGACCAGCACGGGGCAGUACAUUGCUAUUGCUCAAGGUGGAACAAUCCAGAUUUCUAAACCAGGAUCUGAUGUUGUUCAGGGAAUGCCGGCAUUAACAGUGACAAGUUCAGGAGCUCCUCCACCAGGUGCUACAACUGUGCAGGACACAGCGCAGGCAGCUGACGGCACACAGCAGUUCUUUGUCCCAGGCAGCCAGGUGGUUGUGCAAGAUGAGGAAACAGAACUUGCCCCAAGUCACAUGACUGCUGCCACUGGUGACAUGCCAACUUACCAGAUCCGAGCUCCUGCAACUGCUCUGCCUCAGGGGGUAGUGAUGGCUGCCUCCCCAGGAAGUUUGCACAGCCCCCAGCAACUUGCAGAAGAAGCCACACGCAAACGAGAGCUGAGGUUGAUGAAAAACAGGGAAGCUGCUAAAGAAUGUCGACGUCGAAAGAAAGAAUAUGUAAAAUGUCUGGAGAGUCGAGUUGCAGUGCUGGAAGUUCAGAACAAGAAGCUUAUAGAGGAGCUUGAAACCUUGAAAGACAUUUGCUCUCCUAAAACCGAUUAGUAGUAGUACUUAACUAUGAACUGAUUACAACAUGUACAGCUGCUUUUGAAGGCAAUACAAUAUGUAGUCGGCAAGAAUUAUGGCUUUUUUCCUUUGUAUCAUUCAUCAUAUUCUCUAAUCUCUAACAUUCCUAAAAUGCUUCAUUGUAUGUAGUGAACUCUUAGCUGUAACUUCAAUUUUUAA